CCAGUUCGGAAUGCAAAUGAAAAGAGUUGCCUCGGCCCGCCCCUGCUCCGCUCUUUCGCUGCCGCUGGUCUGCUCCGAGCUCAGCCUGACGGAUACAGCGAGCCACCAGCCAGAAAUGGUGUAGAAUAUCAGGAAAAACAGCGAGCGAGAGCGGCCAGAGAGAGGAGCCAGCCUACGAGGGUCUACGUUUAACGGCACAGGAGAGCCAUUCAGAAGAGCCGCGGGUCAAAGGUGAGAAGAGCAGAGGGCACCAUGGAGAGCGAGCCGGGGGCCCCUGCCUCCACGGCCAACAGUACCGGGACCACCACCACCACUUCCUCCACAUCCACCACCACAGCUGCCAGCAGUAGUAGUACCUCUAAUGCUACUACUACUACUGCUACCACUUCUGCUAUCAGUGGUCAUAGUAGUAGCAGCAGCAGUGGUGGUAGUAACACUAGCAGUACUACGAGUAGCACAACAACAGGAAGACAGGCAGUGCCUCAGAUAUCUGUAUACAGUGGGAUACCUGACCGACAAACAGUGCAGGUAUUCCAGCAGGCGUUACACAGACAGCCCAACACAGCAGCACAGUACCUGCAGCAGAUGUAUGCAGCUCAGCAACAGCAUCUGAUGCUGCAAACCGCAGCCCUCCAGCAGCAGCACAGCCUCAGCACCGCUCAGCUUCAGAGCCUGGCUGCUGUACAGCAGGCCAGUAUCGCAGCUGGCCGGCAAAGCUCUUCGCAGAACGGCACUUCAUCCCAGCAAACAGGAUCUACUCAGGCUACGAUCAACCUGACCACGUCCCCAGCGGCGGCUCAGCUGAUCAGCCGGGCCCAGAGUAUUAGUUCCACUCCCACCAGUAUAUCCCAGCAGGCUGUUCUGCUGGGCAGCCCAUCCAGCCCCACUCUCACAGCCAGCCAGGCACAGAUGUACCUGCGUGCACAGAUGGCCCAACAGAGUAACCUGGUGCAGGUGGCCAGGAGUCUGGGCCGGGCUGUUCCUCUGUCCCCACAGCUCAUCUUCACUCCAACGGCCACAGUGACGGCUGUCCAGUCAGAGAGCUCCACACAGUCUUCCUCACAGAAUCAAGUCCAGAAUCUGGCCAUCCGUGGCCAGCAGGUGGCGACCACGUCCUCCUCUCAGACCCUGCAGGCUCUCAGCCUGAAGCAGAGCCCUGUGCCCAUCCAGCCUGCCUCACUGAUCAAGAAUCCCAGCCAAGGAACGCAGGCGUCCACAGGAGGGAAGGCCGGCUCCUCCGACAUUUCUUCUGAAGGAGGGAAGAAGGGGGACGGCGUGGUAGUCACAGAAGUCCGAGCUAUAAACAUGAGCCGCAGUGUCACAGCUGUCAGUACUCAGCCCCUGAUCGCUCCAGCUUACACGCAGAUUCAGCCUCACUCCCUGGUUCAGCAGCACAAGCAGCAGCAGCAGCAGCAGCAGUUUGUGGUUCAUCAGAGUCAAGCUUCCCAAAGGACGACGGGCCAGCUGCUGCAGACGGCCUCCAUUCAACCAUCACAGCACCCUGUCCCCGUACUGCCCAAACCUGCUCCACACCAACCCUCCACGCCCAGCCAGCAGGCCACCAUCUUCCACUCCACCAUCAGCCCCCAUGCCCUCCACUCCUCCCUCAACCAUGCCAAAGCCCAGCCUGUCCAACUCACUGCCAUCAACCUACAAAUACAGCCAACGGCCGCUCGACUGCUUCAGGACUGUAAAGACAAGCCUACGUCACUGGUGGUCAGAGAGACGUGUCAAACCCCCAACACGCAGCAACAGCAGCCACAACAGCAGCAACCUGCACCUUUGCCAUCACAACCCGCUAAGCCUGUAGAGCAGCCCAAAGUUGACCCAGGGCCGCCAGCUGUGCAACCACAAGGAGGGGGCACAACCAAGAGGCCGAGCGCUGCACCUGGGACCCCACCUCCAGCCAUGACCUCAGGAAAUGAGAACGAGGCGCCCACCGUGACGGGCACCACGCCGCAGAACGGAGAGAACAAACCGCCCCAGGCCAUCGUCAAGCCCCAGGUCCUCACACAUGUCAUCGAGGGCUUUGUCAUCCAGGAGGGAGCCGAGCCGUUCCCCGUGUGUGUGGAGCGUCUGCCCAUUCUCAUCGACAGCCCAAAGAAGCACGAUCACCAGCUCUCCUCAGACCCCGACAAAACCCCGGUCAGCAAUGCAGCGAACACCGACUCCGAGCCCGAGGACAUGAGCCAGCCAGAAAAAGAUCAAGAACCGAAGCUGACGUGUGAAUACUGCGGCUGGGUCGACUUUGCCUACACAUUCAAAGGCUCGAAAAGAUUCUGCUCUGUGGUUUGUGCAAAGAGGUACAACGUGGGCUGUACGAAGCGGAUCGGCCUCUUCCACCCAGAGAGGACUAAACCAGCCAGUCGCUGGCGCAGAAGAUCUCAGGGCCGCCCGGCUAUGGAGGCGAAGAAGCAGAAGCUGUCCCCCACACCGCAGCAGACUCAAGGCGGUUCUAUAUCCUCGCCACAUCCCUCGCAGCCCAGUCAGGAGGAGUCCAGCCCGUGUUCGGACAUGUCCAGCUACGAGGAGCCGCCGUCUCCCUUGUCGGCAGCCAGCUCGGGACCUCCUGCUCCUGCCCCGGCCCCAGCCCAGGUCCCCGUCCACCGGCAUCCGAGCAGGGCCUUGGACCACGAGGGCUGCGGCGGGAGGGAUGCACCAUCGCUCUGUCAGCGCUUCUUACCAAACGACCCCACCAGGUGGAAUGUGGAGGAGGUUUACGAGUUCAUCCGUUCACUGCCAGGUUGUCAGGAGAUAGCAGACGAGUUUCGCUCUCAGGAGAUCGAUGGACAGGCGCUGCUCCUGUUGAAAGAGGACCACCUCAUGAGCACCAUGAACAUUAAACUGGGACCUGCACUCAAGAUCUUUGCACGCAUCAACAUGCUCAAAGACUCUUAGCAGUAAAGGAUGUUUGUGUGCUGUGCGUUGAUCUCAUUGUGCGCGCAUGUAUGUGUGUAUGUGUGUGUGUCUGUGUGUUUGUAAGUGAUUGACAGAAGAGUGAGAGAGAGUGAGAGAGAGUGUGAAACUUUGGCACAGGGAACAUGAUGUGUCAUCGUAGCACUGACAGCAGGCUGACUGCACUAUGACCUCACCUUCACCUCACAACUGGACUAAAUCUAAUGUUAGCUGGAGCUAAUAUUCACCUGCAUCUGCUCAAUAACCAUGUGACCAUGUGAACCAGGGAUUGACCAGUAUAGUUUUUCAGAGCGGAAACAGAUAACCGAUAUACACUUGCAGUAAAAAAAAAAAAUCUUACUGUCGAAAUGUACAAUUUUAGGUAUUUUACUCAAGUGUUUCCAUUUUGAUUGACAGGCUAUUACCUGUGACGUGUAACCAAUCUGAUAGAGAGUAGUGCAUUUUUAAUUCAUUGACUUUAUCAAAAGAAAAAAAAUACACCUGUUGAAAGUGAUGAAUUAUCUGACGGGCUGAUUAUCAGUUUAUCCCCAAUGUGAAGUUGGUCAUUUGCAGGAAUUAUGGAAUGUGUCUUUAUUGCUAACUCAAAAGCUUCUGUUGUAAUGUUGUAUCUGCUGCACUGAAAAAAAAAGGCAAAAAGACAGAUAAAAAACACAAAACAUGGAGCUCCUCUGUGGCACAUGCACAGUCCUAUGACUAAUGGGGGAUUUAACCGGCAUCCUCGCAACAGCUCAACUACUUGCAACUCGAGCACUUGAAGACAUUCGUCUUUUAUUAACGUACACUCAAAGGGCUUACGAAUGUCUUUGCUAGUUGGAAGCAAUGUGAGCUUCGAUUAAAUUAGGGGCCACAGUGACAUCUGUGCCUUAAUUACAAAAGUUGAUUCUGAGUCGAUACCUUUGAUUUACACCUGGUGUGACAUGCAAGUUGUAUCUGGAUGACUGAUCUGAUUUUUUGAGCGAGUUGACUGUAAAUUGAAAAAAGGUAAUGAGGGGAGCGAGAGGUAGGAGCUGUCGUACAACAAAAGGGGAAAAAGAGGAAGGAAAAAAAAACGCCUGGCCCGUUGAAAGAUCGAUCUAUGUCAAAAAGCUACAAAUCUCUUUUCUGCUGCAUCUUGUACCUUUUUUGCAUUUUAAGAUCUGAUCACAAUGUGGGCAGAAGUGAGAGAACAAGAGUGGUUAUUAAUACCAGGUGUUGAGGAAAAGACCUUUUUAUCAAAUGUCAUUAUCUAGAUAACACAUCUACAGAUAACACGUCUGCAGCUAACGUGAUAGCAGCAGGUGUAGAUCAGGUCUCAGAUUUGUACCGAGAGAAAAAAAAAUAGACGUUUAGGGUAAAAACGGAAUCAAAUGAAGCGACUUCCUGUUCAGUUGUGCCCAGGUUGAGUCAUACUGCAGCACAGUCGUCACCGAAUUGAGGCAUCAAGACAAACACGAGUAAAGUCUGGAUUUAUUAUUAUUAUAUUAUUAUAUUAUUAUAAUUAGAGUUAAUGUCUUUUGUAUAGUUUUGUUAGCGUGUGAAUGAAAGAGAAACGUGUGUGUGUGUGUGUGUGUGUGUGUGUCUGGGAACAGAAGAUUGCAUUCAUUAAUUUUCUCAUUUUCAUUCAGUAGAUGCUCCUUUGCCUUUUUUUCUCACAAUAAGACUCUCACAGCUCUGAAUACAAAGCAUGAAUGCAGAGAAAACGCUUGUGACAUUGAUUUCCCUUUCAUGAGGAACUCGCCAGCUUCUCUCCUCCUGUAGAUUUAAACUGCUUGCAAAUGAUUUUUUUCUUCUUUUUUUUUUUUUUGCCUCUUUGUCAAAAAUGAUUUACUCUAAUACGUCAUUGAUUUCUCGUCUCUGUUUCAUAGGAGGACACUAAGUUAUGGAGGGUACAAGUCGGGCGCGCUGCCCUGCUUUUGGCACUUAUUUUCUUGCUGGUUUGCUUUAAUGCUGUGAGACGCUCCACCUAAAGUGAGAGUGGCAUCUGUGCAGCGAGUUUAUACAGUUUGUACAUAGCAGCUCCAGUGAGGAAGAAAAGACUUAAACUGAGGGUUUUUUUUUUAAGUUAUCCUUGUUAUUUUAAAGACAGAAAUGUAAUUAUGUUAUUUUGAAAUAUGCAAAUGUAUAAAUAUCAUGGCCUGGGGGUUGUUUUUGUAAUGUUUUUUUUAUUAUUUUUAUUUCUAAUGAAAAUAUGAUCAUAUCUAUUUGUGUUUUGUGGCUGUGAUGGAAGGUCAACUUUUUUAGAUGAGGCUUUGUCAAAUGCUUGUAUUUAUCAAAACAGUUUGUUACGCAACAUUUUGCAGUUAUAAAUAAUUUGCAAUACA